AUGACAAAUAAUUUAAAUAAUCAAUUUGUUAAUAUAGAAAACAUUAAACUUGAACCAGAAUUCAAUAAUGUUGAACAAAAAAUUACUGAAAUUAAUGAAAAAAGUGAAACAAUUGAGUUUGUAAGGAUUAAAGAAGAAAUAUCUGAAGAAACAUUUGCAAGGGAAGAUGAAUUAAUUGAAGAGGAAAUAUCAGGAGAAACUUUUAAAAAUGUGCGGCUUAAAGAAGAAAUACAAGAAGAAACUGCCGAAAAUCGGAUUAAUAUUGAACGGAAAUGUUUUUCAUGUGACUUUUGUGACAAAACAUUUACUCAGAAACAUAAUUUAACUAAACAUAUAAGAACUCAUACCGGAGAAAAACCUUAUUCGUGUGAAGCUUGUGAUAAAAAAUUUACUUUUAAACACGGUUUAAAUCAACAUAUACGAAUUCAUACCGGUGAAAAACCUUUAACAUGUGAAUUUUGUGGUAAAAAAUUUCGUAAUCAUAGCAAUUUAGUUGUUCAUAAACGAAUUCAUACUGGGCACAAACUAAUUCAUACUGGGAUUAAACCUUAUUCUUGUGAAGUUUGUGAUAAAAGAUUUAUACAGAAAAGCGAUUUACUUAAACAUAAACGAACGCACACUGGAGAAAAACCAUUUUCUUGUGACGUUUGUAAUAAGACAUUUAGUCAUAACCAUAAUUUAAUUAAACAUAAAAGAAUUCAUACCGGGGAAAAACCUUAUUCAUGUUCAUAUUGUGAUAAAAAGUUUAGUAGUUAUAGUAACUUUGUUGUUCAUAAACGAACGCAUACUGGGGAAAAACCAUUUUCUUGUGAAAUUUGUGAUAAAAAGUUUAAUGCAUCGGGUGAUUUAACUCGGCAUAAACAAAUUCACUCGGGAGAAAAACCGUAUUCGUGUGAAAUUUGUAAUAAAAUAUUUAGUCGAAGAGAUCAUUUAAUUGGACAUAAACGAAAUCAUUUUGAAGAAAAACCGUCGAAUUUGAAGUCUGAAACUGUUACGAUGGAACAUGGAAGAGUUAAAGAAGAAAUAACAGAGGAAAUUGUUAAAAUUGAACAUACUUUCCCAUAUAGCCUUAUGGGUAAUGUUGUCGAAGGUCUUGGUGUAGUCGAUGAAGGCCAUAUACAGAUGCUUAUUAUAAACGUUGCAUUUUUCUAUAAAUAG